AUGGAUGAAGAUGAAGAAAGUAUAAAAGAUAAGCCAAUUGAAGAUGUUUUUGCACUUACAGAAGUUCCAACUGCUGCUUCACUACAAGAUUAUAUUACUCCAGAAGUUUCACAUCAAGCAUAUGAUGAUACGUUAUAUAGAAUUACUCUGAGCUCGACAAAUAAAGUAGAAGUGAAUAUUAGAAUCAUGCUUGAGAAAUAUCAAAAGAAGCUUGAACCUCUAAUUCCAAUUUUAUUCAAUGAUGUUCAUUCAUUUUGUUUUGGACAGGAUACAUUUAAUUUUACAAUUAAGAAUCUCGAUAUUUGGAAAAGUGUAUACAAUUUUAUUUAUGAAUCUACCAGAUCUCAUAUAUUUUUUGAUAAAUUUAUGGAACUUUUACCAUAUUGUUUAUCUCAUACAGUUCUCUUUGUAUACUCUCAUAUAAAUGAGGCAAUUCAAGAGGAAAACAAGCAAUUUAAUAGACAAAAUAAAUUAAUUUUAAUUCCAGCGCGGGCAGAUAUUACAUUACGUGUUGUUUAUAUAUUUAUGACAAUAAAACCACUACGCAGUUUUGUUGAAAAUCUUAUGAAUCGAUUAUUCGGCGAAGACGACGUGAAACAUCCUGAUCCGCCUCACGAAGAGGAAGAAGAGCAUGUUUUAUUACCGAAAGAAGAUACGCAACAUUUUGAUGAGUACGCUCCACGUUCUAGUCAUAUUCGUUCUAGAUUAUCUUUGCAUGGAACAUCUCAUGCGAUGACUUCAACGAGAUCUACGUCAACAUUAGGACACACGAUCACAUUUCUUUAUCCUCCUUAUGAUGAUGACAGUAAUUAUGCAAAAACGACAGAAAAUAGUGGCGCAAGAUCUUAUAUCACGGCAGCUUUAAACAGAGACGUAGCUUCUAACCUUAGGGAUGUUCUACAUGAUAUAGCAAUCAAGCAGGCUAAGCUUGCAAGGCAUUCCCAAAUAGAGCAAAUGAAUAUCAAAACAAAGAAAGAAGCAGUCCUCAAUUCCAAUCAAAAGAACAUGAAUAUUUUCAUAGACCAGAUGAAUGACAAUCAAAGACAUGGAAUUUAUCAUGAAGACCCUGCAAUUACUCUUGAAUUGACAAGUUUACAGGAAAGUAAUAACCAAAAGAAAAAUUCUUCUUUCUCAGCUCCUCCUGUUCGAGGAAGGAAAGCUCUUGACCAAUUCGUCGACCACAUAUUAGUCAACAGUGAAGCAAAAGUUCGAAGAGAACAAAUUGAAGAAACAACUUUGACUCCUGAGGUCAGAUUCGAAGCAAUCCAAUACUUAACGAAGAGAACUCGAACCAAAGAUGAUGAAAAGGCUGCUGGGGAAAGUAUUGCUGAUAAAAAAGCUUUCGAAAAAAUGUCGAAAUAA